AUGUCUACCACCACCACCACCACCACACAGAGCAGCUCAGCAGCAGAGGCACAACUAAUCCCAUCCCUCCCAGACGAUGUCGCUUUGAACUGUAUAGCUCGGGUCCCACGUUGGUACCACCCGACCCUCUCCAUUGUCUCGCGACCCAUCCACUCCCUCCUCUCAUCUCCACUCUUCUUCACCACCCGCUCCCUCCUCAUCUCCACCGAACACUUCCUCUACCUCACCCUGCGGCUGCACCACAACCCCUCCGCCUGGUUCACACUCUAUCAAAACCCCAACCCCAACAACCCAAACAACCCUCACGUUCUCAUCCCGGUCCCGCCACUCCCCGCCCCAACAGUCGGCGCCGCAUACGCCGUCGUGGGCCCCACCAUCUACGUCAUCGGAGGCUCAAUCAACGACGUCCCUUCCUCGCACGUAUGGGUCCUCGACUGCCGCUUCCACACGUGGCGCAAGGGUCCUCCGAUGCGCGUGGCGCGCGAGUUCUCGGCUGCCGGCGUCGUCGACGGAAAGAUAUACGUCAUCGGCGGCUGCGUCGCGGACUCGUGGGUCCGGAACGAGUUCUGGGCCGAGUCUCUUAACCCGGGGACGGGCCGCUGGGAGGCGGUGCCGAGCCCGAUUGAUGUCCGCGACAAGUGGAUGCACGCGAGCGCCGUGAUCGGCGGGCGCGUGUACGCCAUGGCGGACCGGGGCGGCGUCGUGUUGGACCCGAAAGCCGGAACUUGGGAUGUGGUUGAUAAAAGGCUUGACUUGGGUUGGAGAGGGAGGGCCUGUGUGGUCCAUGGGAUUCUCUACUGCUAUGACUAUUUGGGGAAAAUUAGAGGGUUUGAUGUGAAGAAGAGGGUUUGGAAAGAGCUCAAGGGACUGGAGAAGGGGCUGCCCAAGUUCUUGUGCGGCGCCACGAUGGCGAAUGUGGGAGAGAAAUUGGUUGUGUUGUGGGAAGGGAAGGGAAAUGGUAAAGAAAUUGAGAUUUGGUGUGCUGAAAUUGAAGUGGUGGAAAAUGGGGAUGGAGAGUUGCAGGGAAAGAUUGGUUGGUCCCAUAAGCUCAUUUCGGUUCCGAAAGACUUCUCCAUCGUCAACUGCUUGGCGGUCUCGUUGUGA